GGGGGCGGGCAGGCCGGGGGUGGCCGCACGGCUCCGUGGGAGCCGGCCCUGCGGCCGCGCCGCCAUGAAGCUGUACAGCCUCAGCGUCCUGUAUAAAGGCGCGCCUAAGGUGGUGCUGCUCAAAGCUGCGUACGACGUGUCCUCCUUCAGCUUCUUCCAGAGGUCCAGUGUUCAGGAAUUCAUGACCUUCACGAGUCAGCUGAUUGUGGAGCGCUCGGCCCCAGGCAGCAGAGCUUCCGUCAAGGAACAAGAGUACCUGUGUCAUGUCUAUGUGCGGAGUGACAGUCUUGCGGGGGUGGUCAUUGCUGACAGUGAGUACCCGUCUCGGGUAGCCUUCACCUUGCUGGAGAAGGUACUGGAUGAAUUCUCCAAGGAGGUCGAGAGGAUCCAAUGGCCGGUGGGGUCCCCUGCCACAAUAGAAUACACAGCGCUGGAUGCUCACCUGAGCAAAUACCAGAACCCUCGAGAAGCAGACCCUAUGACUAAGGUGCAAGCUGAACUCGAUGAGACCAAAAUCAUUCUGCACAACACCAUGGAAUCGCUGCUGGAGCGAGGCGAGAAGCUCGAUGACCUAGUGUCCAAGUCAGAAGUGCUGGGAACUCAGUCCAAGGCCUUCUACAAAACUGCCCGGAAGCAGAAUUCGUGCUGUGCCAUCAUGUGACGCAGCACGCGGCCGUGCUGGAUCCCGCCUUCAGCACGUCAGGACCACAGCCCGGAUGGGACAAGACGGCCUGGGAGAGGCUGCGUCAUGGCAGCCUGGCCAUUGUUUUUCUGGAGUUUCCAAAAGGACCCAAGGGAAGGUGGAAGGGUGGGAAACAUUCAUUCACAUGUCUGGUGGGUUUUUCUGUGGCGGGGAGAAUUGAGGUCCCUCAUGGUGUAUUUUGGGCAAAUGAAACCAUAAACUGAGUGGCUCCUGCAGAUCCUGAAGGGCUGGUUCUCGGCUGCCCAUGACGUCCAGGGCCAGCUCUUGUUUGAUCCGGGAAUGUCUGCAUUUCAUUUGUGCAUUAAUAACACUAACUCUGCGGGAAGUGGGGUGGGGGGCAGGAGCAUCCUGGGAUGGGCUGGGGACGGGGCUGAGUCUCAAUGCCUGUGAAAGCCGUUGUAGGGGUGAGGCAGCCGAGCAUGGUAGCUGGAGCCUUGCCAGGGGCCAGCACCCGGGCCUGCGUGUGCUGAGGGCCUCAUCCAGACCUCAGAUGUGUUCUUAGGGGAUGGGGAGUUCCGUUGUCAGCCCUGGAGCGGGACAUGGUCGGCUGGGGUUGUCUCUCAAGGGGCGAUCUCACCACAGGUGCAUUCAGCUGCCUUGACUUGGACUUGACUUUGGACUGGCAUAUAGAAGGAGCAGCAGCUGCUCUUGGAGCUACUGUGGCUGCCAUGGGGGUCUGAGCCCAUGGGUCUUGCCUUCAGCACCUGCAGUUGGAGCUCCUGUACUCACCUGUGGUCACAUGUAGCUGUAGGGGUGCCCUUCCCGCAGGGCAGCUACUGGAGCCAUGGACCUGAAACAUGCUGGCUCCCUUGUGCCAACACUGCGUUCCAAGCUGCCUCUUCAUGCCCCACCGUGCUUGGUGUGCACCUCCGGGGUUCAUUUCCCUUGGAUCUUCUACUGGCUGGUGUCUUCUCAGAGGUUUGGACCAGUGUGGUCUCGUCUCCUGGGGCCUUGCUCUGAGCCUACCACACUGCCCUGGCAGCUUCUGCUGUGCCCACUGAUGUCCAACAGGGUGAGGGUUGGCAUGAGGGCAGAGGGGCCCCUAUAUGUGCUGAGGGCCUCCUGGCUGGCCUGCCUACAGCUGCCUUUUUUCUCUGGUCCCUGGACUGGCCAGGGGGCCCUGCCUGCCUGCAGUGGCCUGCUGGGUCACUAUUGCUCCAGGAUGCCCCAUACCCAGCCCAUGCCCUGGUGCCUGCAGAAGGAGCGGUGGGCAGGCAAUGGAUGGGAGGCGGGCAGUCAGCUUUGCCAGCAUCUGGGUGCCCUCCCACAGUCUCUGGCCCAGCAGGGCAGUGUUGGGGGCAGGGUCUGACUUUGGCCCUGUGGUUGAUGGGCCAUACUGCCUCAUAUUUCCUGCUCCCUGCUGUGUUCUGACGUCAAAUCAUCGGUGAGUGUGUAUUUUAAUAACUGGUGCGUAACUUCCUCUGUGUUCUGUUUGAGAGGAUCUGGUUUGGAUAAAACCGUCUUCUGAAAUUCCAA